GACCUCCCUUCAUCGUUUCCCCUCCGGAAAACAUCACGGUUAACAUCUCCCAGGAUGCGCUCUUCACCUGUCAGGCCGAGGCGUACCCCGGGAACCUCACCUACCUGUGGUACUGGGAGGAGGAGAACGUCUACUUCAAGAACGACCUGAAGUUGAGGGUGCGGAUCCUGAUUGACGGGACGCUGAUCAUUUUCCGUGUCAAGCCAGAGGAUGCCGGAAAAUACACCUGUAUCCCCAGCAACAGCCUGGGCCGCUCGCCAUCAGCCUCUGCCUACCUGACGGUGCAGUAUCCUGCCCGCGUGGUGAACAUGCCCCCCGUCAUCUAUGUUCCCAUCGGGAUACACGGAUACAUCCGCUGCCCGGUCGAGGCAGAGCCCCCGGUCACGCUGGUCAAGUGGAACAAAGACGGACGUCCCCUGCGAAUCGAGAAGUAUUCUGGCUGGAACCUGCUGGAAGACGGGUCGAUCCGGAUAGAGGAGGCAACCGAAGAUGCUCUCGGCACUUACACCUGUGUGCCUUAUAACGCCCUGGGUACGAUGGGCCAGUCUCCCCCUGCCCGACUGGUACUGAAGGACCCCCCCUAUUUCACGGUGCUACCAGGCUGGGAGUACAGACAGGAGGCAGGGAGGGAGCUGUUGAUUCCUUGCGCUGCUGCCGGAGACCCCUUUCCCAUCAUCGCCUGGAGAAAGGUAGGGAAGCCCAGCAGGAGCAAGCACAACACGCUGCCCGGCGGCACCCUGCAGAUCCGCUCCCUCGGCAAAAACGACCAUGGCGAGUGGGAGUGCGUCGCCACCAACGUCGUCGCGAGCAUUACUGCCAGCACCCACCUUACUGUCGUAGGCACAAGCCCUCACGCCCCGACCAGCGUGCACGUUGUGGUCGCCAUGACCUCAGCCAACGUCUCUUGGGAGCCCGGCUACGACGGUGGAUACGAGCAGACUUUCUCAGUUUGGUACGGCCCUCUGAUGAAGAGAGCCCAGUUUGGUCCCCACGACUGGCUGUCUCUCCCUGUGCCAGCUGGUUCCAGCUGGCUACUGGUGGAUACCUUGGAACCAGAGACUGCGUACCAGUUCAGUGUCUUGGCUCAAAACAAGCUGGGCACCAGCUCCUUCAGUGAGGUGGUCACUGUGAACACUCUAGCAUUCCCUGUAACAACUCCAGAGCCUCUGGUGUUGGUUACCCCACCGAGGUGCCUAACAGCCAACCGGACACAGCAAGGCGUCCUCUUGUCGUGGCUUCCUCCCGCUAACCACAGCUUCCCCAUCGACCGCUACAUCAUGGAGUUCCGCGUUGCGGAGAGGUGGGAGAUCUUGGAUGAUGGCAUCCUGGGGACCGAGAGCGAGUUUUUUGCCAAGGACUUGUCCCAGGACACCUGGUACGAGUUCCGGGUCCUGGCGGUCAUGCAGGAUCUCAUCAGCGAACCCAGCAACGUUGCUGGCGUGUCCAGUACAGACGUAUUCCCUCAGCCUGACCUGACGGACGAGGGUCUAGCCCGCCCAGUGCUGGCUGGCAUCGUUGCCACCAUCUGCUUCCUGGCUGCUGCCAUCCUCUUCAGCACACUCGCCGCCUGCUUCGUCAACAAGCAACGCAAACGCAAGCUCAAGCGCAAGAAAGACCCUCCUCUCUCGAUCACCCACUGCAGGAAGAGUUUGGAGUCCCCGUUGUCUUCCGGCAAGGUGAGUCCCGAGAGCAUCCGCACACUUCGUCCCCCCUCAGAGUCCUCUGACGACCAGGGCCCGCAGGCCAAGCGGAUGCUGAGCCCCACCAAGGCCGGCACCCCCCCCCCCAUCGAGCUCAUCAGCCGCGGGCCAGACGGCCGCUUUGUCAUGGACCCGGCAGAGAUGGAGCCCUCCCUGAAGACACGGCGGAUCGAGGGCUUCCCCUUCGUGGAGGAGACGGACAUGUACCCUGAGUUCAGGCAGUCGGACGAGGAGAACGACGACCCUGUCGUCCCCACCUCCGUCACCGCCCUGAAAGCCCAGCUCACCCCUCUCUCCUCCAGCCAGGAGUCCUACCUUCAGCCACCAGCAUACAGCCCCCGGUUCCACCGGGCGCUGGAGGGUCCCGGCGCCCUGCAGGCCACC